AGACUAUCGGUGGUGGCAGCGCACGAUUCAAACUUGCGCGCCUGACUUUCCGCACGUGAUCGCACCGGUUCGACCAAUGAACGCAAACAUUCGCGCGGGUUCCGCGAAUCGACGUUUGGUCAUCAUUUCUUAAAAUAAUCCAGCGGCUACCGUGCGGUAAAACGGAGCGCUCUACCGUCGUGCUCUCAGUUUGUCCAUGUUUACGUGCGAGUUUGUGAUCAAACGCUCUCUCCGUGUCUCUGAUGUCCUCAAAGUGUCGAAUCACAAGAAAAGUAUUCGGUGAAAGUUGGAAUUCAACAAGUGACUGUGUUGUGUGUCGGCUAUGCAACGUCUGUUUGUUGGCAUAAAAGCAUUGAAUAAUCGAGUGUGCUAACACGAUGACCUUGAAAGUUUUCGUAACGAAUUCUAAGUAGAUUUUCAUAAGGUAUGGAUGCACUUGAUAAAAAUUGUAUAGACUCUGAUUCAUGCUCAAAAUAAACGAGAUCACGAUAAACAAACCGGAGAAACCGUCAGCUCAUCAUUAUCAGGGAACCGCUGUUUAUCAGUUGACAAUAUAAAUAAAUAAUCAUGGAUGUCAACAAUUUAGGAGAUGCUGUUGGAGAAGCCGGAAAAGUACAGACUGAUCCUACUUUAUUAAGUGAUGUCAUUGACGUGAUCAAGCAAGAUUCUGAGUUUGCGGAGUCGACUCCGUCUGACACCGUUGCUGUGGUAGACGCUGGAAGGACGAUGUUCAACGGUGGAGGGACUGUGAUGGUGCGACACCAAGCUGAUGGACAUCAGCACAAAUCCAGAAAGAAAAAAACGGAUGCUUACAUAGAAAUAGUCGAGCAACCCGCCCCAAAGGCGCUUCGAUUUCGGUACGAAUGUGAAGGGAGGUCUGCAGGUUCAAUCCCCGGCAUAUAUAGUUCAGCCGAGAAGAGGACUUUCCCGACGAUACGAGUGGUGGGGUAUACGGGCAGUGCCUGGGUACUCGUUUCCUGUGUUACCAAAGACUCGCCAUAUAGGCCACAUCCCCAUAACCUAGUUGGUAGAGAGGGGUGCACGAAUGGUAUUUGUAGGCUACAAAUUCCCCCCGACACCAUGACUAUAAGCUUCGCUAACCUAGGUAUACAAUGUGUGAAGAAGAAGGAUAUCGCUCAGGCGCUCGAUCAGCGACAGCGAUUACAGGUGGACCCAUUCAAAACUGGGUACAGCCAUAAGGAUCAACCGACUUCCAUAGACUUGAACAGUGUAAGGCUAUGUUUUCAAGUGUUCUUGCCGGACGAGAACAACAAGUUCAAUACGGCUUUGAAGCCUGUCGUCAGCGAGCCCAUCUACGACAAGAAAGCCAUGUCAGACCUCUGCAUCACCAAACUGUCAAAUUGCAACACUUACGUGGACGGUGGUAGAAAGCAUAUGAUCUUGUUGUGUGAAAAGGUGGCCAAAGACGACAUCCAAGUUCGUUUCUUCGAGAAACACGGCGACUGGGAAGCCUACGCUGACAUCCAACCGAAUAACGUACACCACCAGUACGCCAUCUGGUUUACACCGCCAAAGUACAAAACCCUUGACGUCACCGAACCCGUUCCGGUAUGCAUUCAAUUACGUAGGCCUUCAGACGGUGCCUGCAGUGAACCGGUGGACUUCGAAUUUUUACCCUUAGACUCAGACCCAAGUGAUAAAAAGCGAAAGAGAAAAAAAAUUGGUAACCCCGACCAAUUUCUAAGUCAAUUGGAACAAUAUAAUCAAUUUCCUGGUGGAUUCCCAAUAGAAUUUGUCAAAACAGAACCAAGAGCAAACUUGACUCCAGAGCCGGCGCCAAUGAACUUCCCUGGUAGUCCAUAUGGAGAUGCCUUGAGUCCGGCAUCCGUAGCUUCAAGCAUCCCGUACAACUUCCCUAUAGGAUCUACACCAUCUCCAGAAUCGUACCAGCUUGCAAAAACGUCGCCUAACUACCAAGGAAACACGCUUCAACCUGACUUCCAAGCGGCAGUGACCACAGGUAAUGUGAACAUGACUGUUACGUGGACCCAAAACAUCGCAAACGUUCCACAGCAAAUGGAGCAGUCCUGGAAUAUUCCUUCUGCAGCCAAUGUACAGCAGCCGCUGCAAGAUGAGGCGAACCAAGCAGAAAAAGAUAUCUGCAACAUGGAUUCCGGAGAGAUAUUCCGAAGAAUUUACCUACCUUCGGUUAGCAGUGAUAUCGACUUUCGCGACAUCAACAUCCCCUCAGAACAAGAGAACAUGCAAGAGAGCUUGAACAGGCUAGAAAACAUCAGUCUGGGGAACGAACAAUAUCAAUCUCCAACGUAGCACACAUACCACGUAAACUGUUGCAUAUAGAGCUGACUGAAUCAGCAAUGUUGAGGGCGUAAGAUCGAUCAAAUAUUGAUCAAACAACAAUAGCAAUAAGAUUGAGGAAAAGUGAGAUUAAAAUAAUAGCGAUUUCUAUUACUUUGUGCUUCUUAAGCAACAACAUGUUGUUUUUACUGGUCCGACAGAUUUUUUUUUAAAUACAUGGGUCCUAUAAAUCGUUACUUACAUAUAUUUCAAAAAGUCUAAUUUGUCUCGAACUGUUUUUUAUUGUUUUGCAAGUUAGAGGCAUAAAGGGGGAAAAAGUUAAAUAUAACUUUGGAGAAUAAAUACCGUAAGCCAUUGCCAAAACAUGCUCUUUUAGGGUAACUUAUAAAUAAAUAUCUAAAUUUAACUGAUGGUGAAAUUCGUCAACUUUUUUUAUACAUUUUUGGUAGAAAACCUGUUCGAUUAUAGCACUACCUUACAAAAUCAUUUACUGUUACUGAUUCAACUCUAUUACAGUUUGAAUCGUUUAUAAGUCUUCAUCCUUGCCUAGCUGUGCAAUACACUUGAUAUGGAUGCGCUGUUCCUCGAUCAGAGUGGUCCAUGCCGACGGCAGGUAAAAAAAAAGGGUUAUUUUCAACAAGCACACGUAAAUCCUACUUAUUCGCAGAGCGCUUCCGCUCGAACUGAGCAUACAGGGGAUUGCAUAGAGAGAGGGGACCGUCGGGCCACCCCUUGACACGACGAAUUUUUCAUACGUAUUUUCCGAACAAACCUGGUAUAAUGUUCUCCAUAUACAGUGUGUUUCCUAAAUACUGAAGAAAACUUGAGACGGUGAUUAGUUAGGUCGUUUUAGAAAAAGUUCUUAUGCAUAUGUCCGGAGUUGCUUCGAUUCUGGAAUACAAGAUAUUGAAGUUUGAAAAAAAUGAACGGUAUUUACAUAACUGAGCAACCGAUUCGGUUGAAGAUUGAUGCAAUUACUUGAAGUAAUAUGGCCCGUAUUUAGUGCUAAAACUAGAAUGAAAUUAUCAGGUCUGGUGGCGCCUCAGUGGGCACCACAGGCAUAUUAUUGAGAGAAAACGUACACCAAUGCCCUUUGUAGUUUUUAUAUUUUUUUAGAUUAAGCAUCUACUAAUACAACUUUUUGGUCAGUCGUUUUAUCUUCAUAUCCUGUUUGAAAAUAAAUAUUCAAGUAUGGUCUCAAUGGAAAGUUUUUAGAAUGAGUUAUUGAUUUUUUUUUUCGAUAACGAAGCUAGAUAUGAAGAAAACACGACAGACAAAAAUGCAUUAGUUUCAGUUGCAUAAUCAACAAAAAUAUAAAGCAUAAAAAAAGUCAUCAAAACUUCAACGCCCCACAUCUCAAAAACGAAGCAACUCAGGACAUAUACAUAUGUUCACAGCAUGAAGACCAGAGAUAUGAGCUUAAACUCAUAGAGUGGUGGUGAAGCAAAAAAUGUCGACGAUGAAGUGAGUUGGUACACUGCGCAGCAAAUGGACUUCUGGUGCUGCGCAUAAGGCAUAUCGCUGCACAGUAAAUGAAUUUCAGAUUCUACGCAUAUGGAAUAUCUCUCUCUGUUGCAGUCAUCAUGACUGCAAACGACUUAAAUUUUGACAGUUCGAACGAGCUGCAAGUAGAAAUAUUGGAUAAUAUUAAUAAACCACAAAUUAAUAAACCUGCAAAGCAUUCCAAACUGUGAGUGAAAUGCACUCAAAGAUUGCGGAAGGUUAUGACGGCAUUUCCGAGAGCCACACCAUCCUUGGUAACAGGAUUGGCUUCAUACAAAUACAUGUAUCCCUUACGUAUCUUAACCUCCUAUCUCUUGUCUUCGUGGUUUAUAGUAACUUUUUUCUUGAAACGACCUAUCGAAUCACCCUCCGGAGUUUCGUACGAUAUAUAGUUUUAUGUAGUUUCGUUGCGACUGUUGUCACUGUCAGUAUGAUAACUUGCUUGUCCUGGGCUUGCGAUCUGAGUUUACUUUUGUUCAUCUUCGAUAUAAAACAUAGCAAUCCUCAAGAUACAACUAUAAUGUCGACAAUCUUUAUUGAAAUAGAUUUAUUUUCAGGAAGUGAAUGAAAGCAACGGCUCCCUAUAUCUCAAUUUAUUUGUUGUGUACAUAUAUAAAAGCAAGUAGCAGCUGCGUUAUUGCUUAAGCAGUGUGGAAUUUCCAUUUUCUCUUAGCGCAGGCUCCGCACAUGGUACAGGUAGUCAAUCUGCUUACUUAUUUCGUAUAACAUAACCACUAAAAACAUGAAAAGAACCGUUAACAGACCCACGUCAUAUUAGUAAAAAACAGUCAUCAAUUCCGAAUACUCUACAAAUUCAAGUCAAAUACAUAAAUACAGUAAUAUGUGUGCUCUGUAUCAGAGAAAAACGUGUAGUGUAUGUGAAACAUAUACAUAAAUUGAAGGACUAGAACUAGACUUAUUGAUUGGGGAGUCAACAGGACUAUCAGUAGUACUCAUGGUAGUUCCUUUUAGCUAAACCAAGAAUCAUGAUGUUUAGAAUAUUUUACUCUCACUCAUUUUUUACAUGUUGUUAAUAAAAUUGUAAGCAUUUUUAUACCUUACUGUUAUAAAUAUUUCUAUUGUUAUUUUUUAUGCAAAAUGUUUUACAAAUAAAAGAUUCUGUGAUCAACAAAUAAAUGUAUG